UCGUCCACAACUUUCAUUUAUCGUACAAUAACCCUAGGUAAUAUAAAUGGAGGAGGAUACACUCCCCCUUUUAGCCUAAAAGACGAUAUACAUACUAUUGUUUGGAUUCCCUUCAUGACAAGUUACUAUUACUAAAGUUAUUUUAUGGCAAUUGUCCCAUUUACUACAACCAUGAGCCAAUCCCAACAACAACAACAAGAUGAUAACAUCAUCGUCAACAACAACACCAUUAAAGGAGAUGAUGAUGAUGAUGAUCAUGAACAUGACAUGGUCAUGCCUGGUUUUCGAUUCCAUCCUACUGAGGAAGAACUUGUUGAGUUUUACCUUCGCCGUAAGGUUGAAGGCAAGCGUUUUAAUGUUGAACUCAUCACUUUUCUUGAUCUUUAUCGCUAUGACCCUUGGGAGCUUCCAGCUUUGGCAGCAAUUGGAGAGAAGGAAUGGUAUUUCUAUGUGCCAAGAGAUCGGAAGUAUAGAAAUGGGGAUAGGCCUAAUAGGGUUACAACUUCAGGUUAUUGGAAGGCUACUGGAGCUGAUAGAAUGAUUAGAACGGAAAAUUCGCGGUCGAUUGGCCUGAAAAAGACAUUGGUUUUCUACUCUGGGAAGGCUCCUAAAGGCAUAAGAAGUAGUUGGAUUAUGAAUGAAUAUCGUCUUCCACACCAUGAGACUGAACGCCUACAAAAGGCAGAAAUUUCACUUUGUCGCGUCUAUAAAAGAGCUGGAGUGGAAGACCAUCCAUCUCUUCCCCGAUCACUUCUAACAACAAGGGCAUCAUCAUCUUCUUCUUCAAGAGGAACAACUUCCAUCAAGAAACAACAAGUAGCACAACAGGAUUCAUCAUUAAUCUCUCCGUUAUACGUAGCACAAUCUUCCCAACAACAAAUUGACGAAAAAUUAAGUACUGAAACAAGUGGAAGCAGUACUAGCACUGAUCACCAUCAUCACCACCACCAUCACCACCAUAAUGUUGCUACAUCCCUGGGGCUCAAUUCCCUUUCAAAUUCCUACACUAACAUCGUGUUAGACCCCAUUGGGGGCAACGCGGUCACUUCAUCCCUGAACUUGACACCUUUCACUUCAUUAGUAUCAACAACAAAUAAUACUCAUGACGAUCUCCAUAGACUAAUCAACAUAGACCAGGUCGUCGCGUUUCAUAAUAAUCAACAUCAUUUUCAUCCUCCUCCUGGUGUUGUAGCCCAACAAUUUCCUCCAUUAUUAUUGCAACAACCACCAUUAGCACCACAGCAACCACAAUCUUUACUGCUUCAAGGAUCACUUCAGCCCUCCGCGGCCGCGGCUUUUUCCGACAGAUUGUGGGAAUGGAAUUCAAUUAAUCAAACAGAUCAUGCAAGCAGCUGCAAAGAUGAUCACUACCAAGACAAUAAUCCCUUCAAGUAAUAAUAAUUUCAUCAAUGAACUGCACAUAUAUAUAUACAUACAGUUCUAUAUUGUCUACUGAUAUUUUAGUUUUACUAGCUAGCUCUAUGAUCAAAAUAAUGUGGUACUUACGUCUUUAAUUUGUUAGGGUUUUGGUUAGUCCUAAUUAGUUAGGGUACUAUUAAUAAGUUAUUGUAAUCUUUCUAAUUACUUUCAGUACUUGAUUAAAUUAGAUAUGUGCUAAUUAAGUUAGCUCUA